AGCCCUUUGGUUUGACGGCUUUCGAUCGGCAAGAUGAUCAUUUAUUGAUAACUUUGAUUGACCAAAUUGGCCACUAGCUAGCUAGUUCCCAUAUAUUUCCCCCUCCUAUACUGUCAGCUUUUAUUCCUUUGUUUUGUCCAAUUUCGCUAUGGUACACACACAGAAAUCUGUGUGCACCAACUCACAGGCCUGAAUUGAGCGGCUGGGACACGGGUUCGGGGAAGGGGACGAGCCGUUCUUGAGCUGUGGGGAAGCCGAGCUGAAGGUAGUGGUGGGGCCGAGGAGUGAGAGAUGGGUGGGGUCUGGGCCAAUUUUUGGGUGUUUUGGCGGGAUUUUUAGCGAAAAAAGCCAGCCCCAAAAAACCCUUUCAUUAAUUCCACCCACCUACCGGCUACCAACCAACCUCUCUCUCUCUCUCUCUCUCUCAAUCUCUCUCAAUCUCACAGCUCUCUUCUUCUUCUUCCUCAUCUCUUCUCUUCGUCCGCCUUGCCGCCAUUGAAGACGAGCAUCCAGAGAAAAACGCAAGAAGGGGCGGUCUGAUGCAAGAUUGGUCUUUCGAAGAGAAGAAGGAGAUGCAAGGAAGGGGAAGAUAGUGUGUCGAAGAUGGGGGAUGAUGUCGAAGGAGAUGUCGCACCAAAAGAGGAGGUCCACCUUGAAGAUAUGUCGACUGAAAACAAUAAAGGUUAUGUUGAAGGAGGCAGACCAGAAGAUGAGCACCUUGCUGAUACUAUCCUCAAAGCGGAUGGUUCAUCUGAUGGUUUGUGGGGUUCGCAAGAGUGGAUGGCUGCAGUUGAUGAAAUAGAAGGGGGUAUGUGAAGACCAAAAAAACAGAUCAGAUCCAUUUAGACUUAUAUAUGUUUUGGUUGUUGAUCAGCAUUGAAUGUGUUAGGGUUUACAUUUAUGGUGCUUGCAUUUAUUAUGUUUUAGGGUUUCUUGCAUGGUGUUCUGUGCUUGCAUGAAUACUUGGUCGUUCUAUCCUGAAUAUCCCUGGUGGAGGAAGAGAAACAUGAAUAUCGCUUGCAGAAUACUAGUUAGCCCUAAUGACCAUAUUACUUUUUAAAUUUCAUGAAUAUUACUUUUACGUCAUCGAAUAUUAGUUGGUACAUAUUCAUCAUCUUUAAUAUGCAUCUUCAAAAGAAUAUUGAAGAUGAAUACGCUUCAUCUUCAUAAGAAUAUUCGUUCACCUUCUAAUGAAUACAAAUUCAUCUU